AAAUAUGUCUAAGGAAGUCGAGAAAGUCGUGGCCGCUUAACCUUAUUUGUGAAAAAUAAAUAACUUGAGGAUUUAAAAUAAAUUAUUAGCAGUACCCAGUCAAGUCAAGUGAGCUAAUUGUUUAUUACAGCGUGUUGAUAUAUAUAAGUAUAUACAUAUAUAUUUAUUACAAAUAAACAAUCACUGGACUAUUAUUUAAUUAAAAUAAUAAUAUUUAUUAAAUGGCUUACAAAAACAAAUCAAGAGUACAAUUGGGAUACGAGGAUGAAUAUAUCAGUGAAAAACAUCGAUCGGUUAUUAAUUUUGCCACUAAUAAGAUUGGUGGUAAACCGGACCCGCAUAAAACGGAGGGAAGUUUACCAGCGCCAGUAUGUAAAUUAUGUGGAUUAAAUCAAUUGUUAGUAGUACAAAUUUAUGCACCAUUAGAUAAUUCAAAGUAUCAUAGGACAUUGUAUAUAUUUACGUGUAUAAAUCCUAAUUGCUGGAAUCAAAACGAGAGCUGGACGUGUUUGAGAGUCCAGUCUUUGGAGGAAAAGAGUAUAAAUGAGACGGCGAUACAGUCGUCAGUAACUCCGCCGACGACUAGCUGGUUGUCGCAAGCCGAUGACUGGGGAGACGAUAGCAAUGUGUGUGAAACAAACGGCAACAACAUGCUGAUGAAUGACACCACUGACAAUUUACAUCUUUUUAUGAGCACGUCUAAUGACGAUACACUAAAUGACGAGCUAUCGAACCUAAGAGUUGAUGAUCCGAAUGCCAACAGUCCGGCUAGUGUUGAGUCACCGGUUGGUGGAGCUGUUGGGAGAUUGGAUUCCCCGCAAACGUCUGCUGAAAUAGAGGGUGAAGAAGGCGAAGUUGUGUCUAUUGACACUCCGACUCAGCCGCAGUGCAAUCUGAUGGAGCUCUUCCACGGGGCCACUCCUCACCCGCUGCAGCACUCAGAUAUCGAGGCCCCCAUCGAUCUCUCCUUCGUUGAAAUGUUCAUUGCAGUCGAGGAAGAAGACUUGUCACCGGAAAUAAAUCAGCAUGUCAGAGAUCUUGUUCUUCAGUACCAGAGCCGCAACCCGACUGAUUUGUUCAAUGACACGGAGUCCAAUCCUCAGGCAAAUGAUAAUAGAGGAAUGGAAGAAAAAUAUGAAAAGAGUAUACCUAAACAUGGUGACGACAUGUUUUAUAAUUUUGACAGCCGCAUUAAAAGAAAUCCUGGACAAAUAUUACGAUAUUGUCGCGACAAUUCAGCAGCAUUAUUACUGUAUCCGCUAGGAUCAAAAAUAGAACCAUGCAAAUACUGCGGAGCUGAAAGAAUUUUCGAAUUACAAAUCCUGUCAACAAUAAUACCUAAAUUAAAACUGGUACCAUGCAGAGAACGCGACUUCGAGAUAGACUUUGGUACAGUAUUAAUUUUUACGUGUUCAGCCAGCUGCUGGUCUGCCAACGAUACGUACAAAGAAGAAUAUGUGAUCGUUCAAGCUGAACGUUUAUAAUGAUUAAGCCAAAAGAUAUAAACAAAAAAAAAACAUAAUAUUAAUAAUUAGUCAAUAUUCCAAUUCGUCGAUAAUUCCAUAAUGAUAAAUAAUUAGCAUUUAUUUUUUUUUAACUAUCGCAGACUUCCGUCCGCUCAAUUAGAUAUACAGCUCUCAUCUUUAUUUAUUUUUAUCAAAUCAAUAUCCACUAGAUUGAUUUAUUGAAUAGAUUAUUUAACAGACGUAUUUAAAAUAGGGUAGAAGUUGCAUUUGUGGCCACUGAUACAUUUUGGACAUUUAAUAUUUUAUUUUAAUGAUCCUCAUAUUUGUAGACAAUCAAAAUUUUUUGAUUUUUUUCAGCAAAUUUUCAGCAAAAAAAAAAACUAAUAAAUAAACUAAAAAUAUACACAUGUAGAAAAUUUAAAAAGCUACAGGUGCAAUUUUUUGAAAUAUUUUUUUUUUGUAAUUAAUCUUUUCUAAAAAAAAUCCAAAAAUUAUUAAACGUCAGCGAACUCCCGUAAUUUUUUUAAUUGAUAAAAAAGUAUAAAAUAAAAUUUCUAUUUUAAUAGUGUGAUGAAAGUACUUUUGAAUAAAUUUUUAAAAUUGUCAUUGCGUCUUACAAAUUAUUUUAUUUUAAUUUUUCGAGUCCGAAACUGGGCCAAAGUUGCGCCUCUACCCUAUAAUGCGUACAUAAUAUACCGAAAGUUCAAAUUUAUGCUAAAAUUUAUUUGAUAAAUCGCAACUGCUGGUACUAUUAGCUUGUCGAUUGAUUUAUCAACAGUACUUGAAGAUUUUAAAUGUAAAUAGCUGAAUAAAGUCAUCCAUAUUUGUAUUUUAAAAAUAGAUUUUAGAAAAGAGACGCUUUUUUGAGAAUUCUAUACAAAAAAUCAAUAUAUCAAUUUACAAUAAAUGUGAAAUAAAUAUGCUAACUAGUUAUUCGCAUUUAAAAAUAUAAAUAAAUUUAUCUUGGGCGGAUACCAGAUUCUUAAUGUCUUCUUACAGUCGGCCCUAGUGAUACUUAAUUGUUGU